AUGCUACCUGUGGUGCAUUUGAUUGAUGAAAUCAUCAAUCUGCUUGUGAAAUGGUUUAGUAAACGUCGUGAUUUUGCUUUGAAAUGUACAUCAACAUUGUGCCCUGACUUUGGAGAGAAAAAGUUGAGACGCAGGUUGGAAUGUGCUUCAAGGAUGAAUGUUGUGAAACUGAAUCACGUAGAGUAUAAUGUCGUGGACGGUGAUAUGGACGGCCACGUACAUUUGACGAAUAACACUUGCAGUUGUAGGAAGUUUCAGCUUGAGCAACUACCUUGCAAGCAUGUAGUUGCAGUUUGCCGUUUCUUAAAACUAAAUGUAUACUCCAUGGCUUCUCGUUAUUACACUCGAAAUACAUGGUUGGAUGCUUAUUCAGAUACCAUCUACCCGGUACAGCCUCAAGAGUUGUGGGUUAUUCCUGAAGAUGUCCAAAGUAGAGUUGUGCGUCCUCCAAAUGCAAAGGUCAUGCCGGGUCGACGAAAAAAGUUAAGGAUUCCCUCGCAAGGAGAGGAUAUCAUAAGGAGAAAAUGCUCAAGGUGCAGUGGCACAGGCCACAAUAAAAGCACCUGUAAAAACAAUGUUCCACUACCUAAUGUUGGACAUAUAUUAUGA